AUGUCCUCCCUCAACUCCUGCGAAGCCUGCACCCACCGCGGCCUGUUCUGCAGCGGAGGGCCCCAGGCUGCUAUUCGUGUCUUCGAGGUGGCUUUAUCUGCGCCGCCAAAAACUACCGCGAUUGUCCUGUCGUCUCUCAGCCGGCAUGAUUUCAUCUCUAUGCAAUAUCUCCGCGAAAACGAAGUCAUCCGCGCACCACAGGUUGCGCAUUAG